AUGCCCCCAUAUCUCUUUCCCUUACCCACCACCUCUCUAUUGACAUUCUCCAGUAUCCUACAUGAUCCCUCCGGGACGUACACUACGACUCUCAGUGACGCCACCGCAGCUCGGACUAAACUUCACCUAGCAUUGAAAGCCGUAUCGACGAAUGAUGUAAAUUCCAGCGCUCUCUCCGUCCUUGACGCCAUCCACGAGUACCUACCAUAUUUACGAGGAAUCAUCUCGUCUCUCGAUUCCGACAUUCUUCUCUACAAAACCGACCCUCUUUUCCAAUGGCGAUCUUCCCUUACCUCCUACUCUCUCACCACCCCACUUUUACCCUUCCCAAGCAUGCAUGCUGAGCAUCUAUUCGUCAUGCUGACCUACUCUCUGGCUCUGGUCAACCACGCUCAUCAUGUGCUCAACUCUUUACCGAAGUUCGAACCUCCUCCGGGACAGAAAGCCAGUAUGACCUCAGAAGAAGAGAAACGUACUACUGCUGGACUGGCAAAAGGUGUGGAUCUACUCAGUCAAGCGGCUGGAGUGAUGGAAUGGACAGCGGGGGAGGUCGUGCCGCUUGUGGAGAUGGCAAGAGUCGCAGCGGGUGGAAGGAUUGGGAAAGGGAGAUGGCCUGUGGAAUGUGGAUCUGAGACUAUGAGAGGUUUGGCUAUGAUCUUCCUCGCCGAUGCACAUAUAACGGCCAUUCGUAAACUUCUCUUACCCAUUCUUCCUCAUACACUCUUCGCGCCUCCCGGUCCACCCCUCCCUCCAAACCAUCCCUCACCUUCGCUAUUAGCUAAAUUAUACCUCCACGUAGCCUCCCUUUAUUCGUCCGCUCGUCAGAUGUGUAAAGCUCAUUCUGACCCACCAACGAAUCGCAAGCUCUUUUCAAAGUCCUCAGAAGUAGAUACCGAAGCAGCGGAGGGGGAAUUAAUACCUCCCGUCAAGCGCUACUUGAGGAAAGAAUCCCUUCUUGCCUCUGCAUUAGGAUAUAAAUGGCUCGGUGUGGAUUGUGGGGAGAAUGGUAAAGGCGAGAAAGUGGGCGAAGCUUUAGCUUUGUUGAUCGAAGCUAAGGGACGGUUAGAAGAGAUGGAGGAUGGCAAAAUAAGGGAGAGAAUGAAAGGUCUCAGUGUGGGAAAAGGUAGUGAGAGGAAGAAGGAAGAGAGAAGAGGUAGGAAGGGAAGGUUGGAAAGGGAAUUGGAAGAUGUAGGAGCUUAUAUCAAAGCGUAUAAGGGUAUUAACGAUACUGUCGCUUUCCAACCUAUACCCCCGAUCUCUUCUCUCAACAUUCCACCUGGAAGGCCGAUUUUCGCAGCGAAGAAGUUCACUCCGCCUCCAGCCAAAUUAGGUGCAGAUUCUGAAUCAAAUGGCGACAUAACCGCAACUCACGAUACCGAAUAUGCGGGAAAGGGCAGCUACUUUUGA